CAGACAGGGGGCCCCUAUAUAAGCAACGACAUCGCCAAGACCACCGCGUUCCUGCGAAUAAAAGUUAGAGGCGCAGAUACCCGCAGACAUCGGAGCGAUUUCUGCACGAGUUAAUCGUCAUUUGCCAUGGAGAGGUCUGUCAGAUUUACCAUAGUGUUAGUGACCAUCUCGCUCCUAAUUUCUUGGAGUCCCACUGAAGCGUGGUACAAGCAAGCCACCGGACCGAGUUACUACUCUGUGGGCAGAGCUUCUGGCUUGCUCUCCGGCAUCCGCAGGUCUCCGUACAUCCGGCGGUCUGAAAUGGAGUCUGAUCUGGAAAGCGAGGAGCCCGAUGGAAGCAACGCAGUACUCGGUUCGGGAAGCAAACAGAACUCGAUCCUGAAAAAUAUAGCUAUAUGCGUGAAAGAUAUUUCACCGGACCUGGAAAGCUGUGCGGCUGUAGAGGGGGAGAGCAGCACGUUUCAGUGCAAGGCGGACGUGCUCUUAUCGCUGGACUCUCAGCGCUGCGUGGGAGCCUGAUGGCCGCUC